AAUUGGCGGGAGCGAGUGGGUUACACUGCUGUGGAUAUGUUUGACACGCGAAGACCAGCGCAGUACAGAUCAAAUACCGGCGUAGCUAGGGUUAACAAAGUACCGGCGUAGCUAGAGCUAGAGCUAAUAUACGUAGGUUUAAUAAAGUACCAGCAAGGAUAGGUUAAUAUAAUACAACCAUAAUUAGGAACACUAAGUUUGAGAAAUUAAUCAGUAAGAACUCUAGAAGUAAUCAUCUGUGGUCGUGAAAGUUAUCCUCUAAAUGACCCUCUAUGUAAGUAGAUAGAACAUAUUGUUAACAAAUCAAGUACUCUCAAUCCAUAGAUUGAUAUAAUCUAUUGGUGACACGUUGGUUCUCUAUUGGAUUCUGCUGGCCACCGAAGGAUACUUUACUCAGGUGAGUGUGUCGUCUGCCGUCUGCUGCCGUCCUCUGCCGUCUGCUGCCGUCUGCCGUGUGCCGCGAGGAAGAUGAUGUGCUGGAUCCAGGUGUCGCUGCAGGUGUUGACGACGUUGGUGCUGCUCUACUUGGUGCUGCCUUCAACAUCAUCUAUGAGGGUCUUCAGCAGUCUACGGUCGGAUCGACAGUUAGAAGACGAGCCUUUAGAAGACAGUCUGCUGUUGUCGUCCAGCUACACGAAGCGGGAUGGCGGUCACGAUCCUUGGAACCUCUGCACUGGUAAACAAGCGAUCGACUGCUUCUAUGUCUAUUUCAACAUCUACGCCAGAUUACGCAAGGAGGCUGAGGCAGAGAGAUCACCACCAAGGAAUCUGGUCGGCAAAAGAUCGAAUCCUCUGUCUCGGUUAUCGAGUUUCCUAAGAGAGGACGAGGCAGCCGAUGACGUCACAUACUGACCUUUGCAUGACGUCAUGAGCGUUGGGCGUUAAUGAUUUCUUUUUCAUUAAAUAUUGCUCAAUUCA